AUGGAAGCAACAACUUUGAAGGUUCAAGAAUUUUUCGACUCGCGAGAUGAGUUCGUCGUAUAUAUCCACCAACUGUCCGCCGGGGAUAUCUCAUGUCAGGACCUCGCCGCAAUCCAGAUUGAGCUUCAUCGUAUAGCUCACACACUCUCUAGGUGGAAGGAGUUUCGAAGUGAUCCCAACGAGCCGACUUGCAGCUGCUUUGCAGACCAGUGCGGUAACCUUUCGGGUAUUAUUGUAGAAGUCGCUGAGAUGGCCACUAUUAAGGAUGGGCAACUUCCUCUCACUGUUCUCAAGAUGUUCGAUAUGUUGGCUAUGCAGGUAGGACGACUCACUCUUGACGGCGGAAAGGACGAGUAUGCACUGUACUAUGAUCGCAUGGCCAAGGACGAAGAUCGUAGAUGGCAGAUUAAGUCCCAGGGACCGGAUGACGGUAGAGCUGCACUUCUCUUUGGCAUGUGGACUCGCAUGAGUCGUACAUGUCCAAAUUGCACUGUGUAA